GAGGAAACCCACAAAGCAUCGUUUGCACCCAUGUGAUCAAGUUAUUUCCUGGCCAACUUUUGGUAGAGGGUGGAGGAAUGUGGAGGGUGGAGUUCAAUCAGUCGUCCAAAUCACUAAAGUCAAAGCUCUGACACCGAGGGAGAGUCGGUGCUCAGUCUCAUCCGAUUACUUGCGAACAUCACCAUGUCCACGGCAGUGAAGUCUUGCUUUGUGCUCAUCGGUUUCAUCUUAGCAUACAUGAGUUAUUUGAUAUUGGGUGCGCUUGUUUUCUCUGCCAUCGAGCGGCCCGUCGAGGAGAACCUGAAGUCUGAGCUGAACUCCCUGAAAGAAGAGUUCCUCAACCUGAGCUGCAUCAACGCCACGGCCUUUGAAAGUUUCUUAGAACAAGUUUUAAAAGCGAACAAAUACGGCGUGUCCAUCCUUGAAAAUGCAUCGCUUCGGACGAACUGGGAUUUGGCGUCGUCGUUGUUUUUUGCCAACACCAUGGUCACGACAGUGGGGUAUGGUCACACCACGCCGCUCUCUGACACGGGUAAAGCUUUCUCCAUUGUGUACGCUUUGAUCGGAGUGCCCUUCACCAUGUUAGUGCUCACAGCCUGCGUGCAGCGCCUCAUGCAUCCGCUUACCUACGGGCCCAUCUCCGUGUGCCAGCGACGGGCCGGAUUGCAGCCACGCACUGCCAGCGUCAUGCACUUUAUUGUGUUGUUGUUGCUGGUGGUUCUGGCCUUCUUCGUGGUGCCUGCAUUGGUGUUCAGCGCUAUUGAAGAAACCUGGUCUUUCUUGGAUGCCUUUUAUUUCUGCUUCAUAUCCCUCUGCACCAUAGGACUGGGAGAUUUUGUGCCCGGGGAAAAACCAGGACAGCAGCUCCGGGGUCUGUACAAGAUAUCCGUCAUGGUGUACCUGUUCGUGGGCUUGAUGUUUAUGUUCCUGGUCCUUCGCACCUUCCACAAGCUUGCUGACGUGCACGGGUGGACGGCUUUCUUCCAACUGCCGAGCUACGAUGCAGAUACCGAAGAUAAAGAGCCCAUCAUUGAGCAGGAGCCUGAUGAAGAAUCAUCGCAGACUGACAAAGCCUCCGUUCAACCCCUGGAUCCAAGAUCUCAAGCUUCCUACAGCUCUAUAAACAGAUAAAGACUCUUUCCUCGUUCAUUCACACACUCGGAAUGGUCACUUUCCUUCACAGUGUCCUGCAUAAGUGAACAGAGUUUUCGUUGCAUUUUUGCAGCGUGCCCCCCCAGCAUCCACAAGGUGAAGACAAUCAUGAAUGAGCACGUGCAAUAUAAUACAUCUCACUCAGGGGACGGAGCAGGGUCUGAUGUUUGGGAUGAACAAGAGUCCGUGCAGACUUUGGUUCAUAAAAGAUGUGAUUGCUCUAACCCAAAGGACUUUGUUUCUGAUGGGUUUUUGUUAUGUGUAUGGUCUUUGUGGGGUGUAGAAACUGGCCCCCAGGACUUCCAAGUGGGGGAUUUUCUUAUUCCUAAUUUACCAAUUGAUGUGCCAUUCUUUGAAAAAACCUUUUGUGUGGAAAUUGUGACUAAUGCUAAUCCUAACGUUCAGUGUUUUCAGGUUCAAACUUAUUUCCAGAUCACCGUUUGUGUUAAGUUGCACAGCAUACGCCACGACUACUCUGUUCUGUAGAAACAGGAAGAGGAGGAUGAGGCUUCUGUGAAUGUGUAAGAACAUAAAAUGCACUUAAUAACUGGCUUUUUACCCAAGUUUACUGAAUUGUUGUAUAGUCAUUAUUAUACUGGAUACGGUUUGUCUUUAUUGUAGUUCAUUUAUUCAUUGUAUCAUUGAAAUUCAGAGACACGAAAAGGUGACUGAUAUUCACUGUCAGAGAUGUAAAAGGGGUUUUAAGACAUGCAUGCACAGAAAAAUAAAAAAGUUUUGUUUUUUGA